AUAUAUGAUUAUAUAAUUUUAUAAUAUAAUAUUUUCAAAUUUUGAAUAAUAAAAUCAAAAUUUUAAACAAAUUCAACUUCGAAAGAGUUUACAAAAAGCAAUCGUAGUACUUAAUUAAAGCAACUGUGGGAAGUUACACUAUAUUUUCACAAUCCAAUGCUUGUGCAAAUUCUUUGUUUUUUUAAUGUAAUAUUCUUAAAGAAGACAUUUAAUAUUUUUCAAUUAAAUAAAUUAAUUUUUGUUAUUUUAAACGGGGGUCAUGUUACCCUCGACUGGUUUAUUUAAAAGUUAUGUAUGUCCUUAUUACGAUGGGACGGCCGCCACUAGUACACGUAAUGACAUUGAAACUGGGGUCACUGCGGCAGCUACAUGUCAUCGACCCUACUGUCAUUUCAGGCAUGUCCGGAAAGAAGUUAUAGAAAAGAAGGUAAUUGCACCAACGGCAGCAGUGCAGUCAGCACCAGAAUAUAAGGCUACACCAAAACUCUUGGCUUUGCCUCUGCCAGAAUUAUCCCUACCAUCGGUGUUGAAAAAGAAAACAAAAUUGGAAUAUCAACCAGAAAAGCCUGCAAUUAACGCUUCUCCUUCAAUAAAACGUAAAUCACUAGAUUCUGCGCCAGUGUAUAUUCCAGCACCGACUACACAGCAACUUGAUGAGAACAGUCAAGAAAGUGUCAAUUUGGAUUUAGAUGAUUGCAAUGAUGAGUUGAACGAACUAACAGGAAUUAUUGAAAAUGAUAACUCGGAGUUGGCAAAAUUCUCCGACGAAGAUGAAUCAUUGGACUGUAAUAGUAAAGAAAUCGAAAAAGAUGACUCUCACAAAAAUAAAGAAGAACAACUAAAGAAACCUAGCAGCGGCAGUGAAAGUUCCGACAAAGAUAAGCACAAACGAAGGGAUUCUUCAACAUCAUCUCAUUCUAGUAGCAGACACAAACAUCACAAAUCCUCUUCUAGGUCAAAAGAAACGACGGACUCGUCAAAAACCAAAAAAGAAGAUGAUAAACGUAAGGAGAGAGAUUCUAAACAACGCGAUAAAGAUCAUAAAUCAUCAUCUUCCUCCUCCUCAAAACAUAAAUCUUCAUCAUCAUCAUCAUCAUCAUCCCGUAAAUCAUCAACAAGGGAUAAAGAUAGUAAAGAAUCAAAAUCGAAGGUAUCCUCUUCAUCUUCAUCUACUGAUAAAAAAUACAAUUCUUCUUCAUCUAACUCUUCCUCGAAAGCUAAAUCUUCAUCCUCUUCUAAAACGUCUUCUUCGUCUUCAAGUAAACAUUCUAGUAGCGAUAAGAUAUCUUCAAAAGAAUCAUCAUCUUCAAAUUUAAAGACUGAAAAUUCUGAUUUAAUAAUGGAGGAUACUUCCGCAAUAUUUGCUACUACAGAAGAGGAUAUUAUGAAAGAAUGUGAAAUGAUUUAUGAUCAAUUGGAACAAGAAUUUGCAUCACUUCAUCAGACCAAUGCAGCUAAUGAAAAUUCCAAAGUAGAAGCAGAAAAGGAAAAGGAGUCAUUAAAACGUAAAGCUUUAGAUGAAGAGGAUGCAUUAAAUGCCCCUAGCAAAAAACGGGUUGCAUACGAAAAUGCUGAUAAAAAUAAAUCUCAUAUGCCGGUUGUUGUACAUAAACCGGAUCAUCGAAAGAAUGCUAUGCAGGCAAUUUUUGACCGUCAAGAUGCCAUUAAACGCAAGCAUGAAGAGGAGGCUGCAGCAGCAGCUGCUGCAUUAAGGGAGGCCGAGGAAAAAGUUCGUGAAGCAAAUGAAGCCCUACGCAAAGUUAAAGAAAAGACGCUUACCCCACUCGUACCAAAAUCUUAUUUAACGCCACCAUCAAAACCCAUAGGCCGCUCAAUGAUAGCCCCAGUGGCAAAUAUUAUUGCGUUGGAACGGGCUAAAAAGAAGGUCGAAGAAUUAAGAGCAGAAAAAAGACCAGCAUUUACCCCAGCACAAACCAGUAAGGCUGGAUCAAGAGUAGCUCACAAAAUCACAGAAAAAGCCACAGCAACUGAGGCAACUAAACAACCUAAACCACCCGUGCUGGAAGCAAAUUCUACCAAAAUUUCAUUUAACAUACGUAUGCAGUAUUAUGACAUGAUGGUUAAACAUUGCCUCGCUAUGUAUCCAAAUACAGCAGAUGCUUGGGAAAGGGCACAGACAGAAGAAUUGGCUGUUUUUAAAAAAUGCAAUACACCAGUUAUUUAUAAAAGUAGUGCUAUGUUAGCUAUAAAUAAAUUAAGAAAAGAAGCAACAGAUUCUGGCAAUAAACCAUCAAAUGCUAAUAAAUUAAUAUCACAUGAAGUGGUAUUAGCGGGUAAAUUAGCAAAUAAUACAUCUUGGAGUGUACAAAAGAAAAUCAAAAAUGAUGCCUCAGCAGGUGGUGAACCAUUUGAUAAAUUGCCAAGCGAUAAAGCAUACGAAAUGGUUUAUGAUUUGCGUUUAACCGAAGAGCAAUUAGUAGCAAAUGGUUACCCCAGGUCAGGUAUGAAGCCAGGAACAGCAAAAAUACAAUGUACGAAACCCAUGCGUAGACCAAAUGAUACCGAACGCUAUUGCAGUCGUUGUGGCAAAGUUUUCAAUCUACAAAUGUACGAUGAGGUGUGUGUGGAUGAGUGUAAUUAUCAUCCCAAGGGUACAGGUUACAGAAGAGGUUUUGCUGACAAUCAUCAUCGUUGCUGUCAACAACCAGCUGGUACA